AAUGUUGCGUUUUCACAGGUGAAAAUGAUCCUGAGUCUUUUUCAUUAUAGACCUGUCAUUGUUCCGACGCUUCCAGCAGCACCUGAAAGCAGCGGCAAGCCCUGUCCUCUCCUCCGCCUGUCCAUCCAUCCCUUCAUCGGUCUACUAUCGGAACGCGCAUCACUUGUGAGAAACGGCUCCUGAGACCCAGAAGUUUCUUGUCUGCAGCUCGGCUCGAUUCGCUCCGCUCUCCCUCGAUAUUCGUCCGUUCUUACCGGUUUCAUUUCCAUCCUCAUAUCACUUCCUUUUUUCACGAGGAUUCAGUCGGGGUGUUCUGCUAACGCAGGGCGUAGCUGGAGAGGAUUUUGCUAGCUCGCCGCUGCACUGACUGACAAGACCUUGUUGCCUCCAGAAAGCCUGUAAACCUGUGGCCAAUCUGUGAGAUUUACAUCCAUCAGCCCUGCACUGCAGAGACGGACCACUACCACUCAAGGGGAGAUGAAGCCGGAUGGGGUUGCCACGGCAGCACUGGAGCCAAUGGAAACAUUGGAAUCCAAUCCAGUAAAUGAGGCAGCACCAGCUGUGGAACAGGAGCCCAACCAGGCUGCCAGCCCAGUGGAGGAGGAGAUGCCACAGCAACCUGUAGGAGAGACAGUCCAGGCGGAACCCCAGCCAGACCAGGCCAAGGAAACCCCAGCUGCCAAGACCAACAAGACUUCAGGCGAUUCCAAAGCCAAGACAACCAACAAGGCCACGACCAAGACAAAGCCUGGGGCCAGCAGUCUAACCAAGACCACAUCUGGCUCACGGCCCAAUACAUCCCAGGGCCGCCUCUCAAAUGGGGUAUCCAAGCCCCAGACCAAUGGAGUCGCUAAGAAGACCCCACCUGCUGCGGUCAAAAAGAGCACCCCAACCACAGCUGCUACUAAGAAAUCAACAGGCCCAGGCGAAGGCCCGCCCUCCAAGAGUAAAGUGGGUGAGAAGAAAGCCACAGGGGCUGCUCCUACCACCAAUAGCACAAAGUCGAUGACCGGAACAACAGGAGCAGCCAAGAAGACCACAUCCACAACUGCAAAUGGUGUCAAAACCAGCACCGCUGCAGCUGCUGCUAAAAAGCCCCCAGCUCCCAAGCCUGCCUCUGCAACUCCCACUAAGCCUAGCUCCACUGCCUCACCCAAGCCCCCUGUUUCCAAGACAACCAGGCCUACAGCUGGCACAGCAGCAUCAUCUCCGGCCACAGGCUCAACCCGGCCACCCACUACCAGCACAACCAAGAGCUCCCAAGCUGCAGCCAAACCUGCCACCCCUAAAACCUCCUCCACCACUGCCAAGGCUGCUGCAUCCAAACUAACCUCCACUACCCCCUCUGGUGGCAAACCUCCAGCAUCACAAACACCCAGAAACACAACCCCUGUGAAAAAAGAUGUUGCCAAACCAGCCACAUCAGCAUCCAAAAAGCCUGCAGAAUCCCCCCUUACUCGCCCAUCCUCUACAACAAAGUCGGCAAAACCUGAGACUUCAAAAUCAGUCUCAAAAUCCGAUGUCGCCACCAAAAAGCCUACUGCUAGUAAGGCUGCAGAUACAAAGACACCCAGCCGAUCCAAAACACAAGACAGCAAGACACCUUCCAAGGAUGUUUCUAAGACGCCUGGUUCCAAAACCGCUACAACCAAGGCCUCCAGCCCCAAGAAAGCAGUGGGCAGCAGCACUCCAACUCCUGUGAAACGUGCCCCCAAAGCUGCAACUGUUGCAGAACCUGAAAAGGAAAUUGCUGCUGCUGUUGCUGCUGCUGCAGCUAUCGCUACUGCAGCAGCUGCCAUUGCCAGACCAGAGGAACUUCCUGCAGAAGCAGCUACAGAGCCAUCUGCUGCACCAGAAGUGAUGUCCAGACAGACUGAAGUAGUAGAAGAAAAAACAUUAGACACCACACCAGAACCAGUGUCCGCACCAGCGCAAGCAGUAGUGCAAGAACCCACACCAGAAACACUACGAGAACCAACACCAGAACCAAUACGAGAACCAACACCAGAACCCCUACGAGAACCCACACCAGAACCCCUACGAGAACCCACACCAGAACCAAUACGAGAACCAACACCAGAACCCCUACGAGAACCCACACCAGAACCAAUACGAGAACCAACACCAGAACCCAUACGAGAACCCACACCAGAACCAAUACGAGAACCAACACCAGAACCCAUACGAGAACUGACUCCAGAGCCAAUACGAGAACCAACACCUGAACCUGUACGAGAACCUACACCUGAACCAAUAUGGGAACCAACACCCAAACCUGUACGAGAACCUACACCUGAGCCAAUGUGGGAACCAACACCAGAACCUGUACGAGAACCUUCUCCUGAGCCCCCUCUAGAACUGUCUCAGACCAAAGCAGAGCAAGAUCUUGGAGCUGAACCAGCCUCCAACGUUCAGCUGUCUGCCCAACCUGACCUAUUCAAAUUUGAGGAGUCUGCAAAUGAGUCCCUGGGAACUACUGUCAUGUCUCCUCCUUGUUCCCCACCAGGUUGUGUUUCUCCUGUCACAGAAUCACAGAAUGCCUCUUCUCUCCUGGACAUGCAUAUCCAGUCUGAUCCCAGGGACAGGAACUUGCCCCAGGCUGCAUCUGAUCUGGCUCCCCAGAUCCUAGCUGAUAUGGUGAACCUCCAUACAGAAGAGGAAAAUGAGAAUAAAGAACAGUUUGAAACACAGGCUUCAAUGGAGGAGGAAGAAGAGGAAGAAGAGGAAGAGAGGGAAGAAGAGAAGGAGAACCUGUUUAUGCAGACCUCCACAGCUCCAUCUGCAGAGGCCUUCAAUGUGAUGGCACAACAUCAGUUGUUAGGUGUCUCACACAUGGAUGAUUUCACACACCUGAUCUCCCCUCAUGAAAAGGAGGAGGCAGUGGAAAAGGCUGAUGAGGAGAUAAAUGAGGAUGAUGAAGAGGAGGAGGAUGAAGAUGAGGAACAGAGGAUACUAGGCCAUCAGCCUUCAUCCAUGGUCACUGAUAUGAGCACAUCUCAGCCCUCUGAAGAGUUCCAAGUCAGGUCCUCUACAUUUGGUGGUUCUGCAGGGUGGCAUGGUGAUGACCUGCUGUCUGGAAUGGACUCUGAGGAUGUGAGCAGCUGCACCAGCAGUCGGCAGCAGGGAGUCUCUGACCUCAGCAGCACCCAGCACACUGCAAUAUUGGAAGGCACCCAGAGCUCAGAUGCCCUAGUUGACUCAAGCCUCCGUGGCUCUGAAGGAGAUUGCAAUCUCAUGGGUUCUCCCAACGUGGAAACACUUGCCAAUGAGGAAGAGGAAGAUGAGGAUGAAGAGGAUGAGCGGGUUGAUGAUAUGGACCUAAGUUCAGAAAGAGCAGAGGAGCACCACAAAGUGUUCCAGCAGCAGGAACACGAUGAAGAUGAGGAGGAUGAAGAUGUAGAGAUGCACAGUGAAGGAGUGACGGAGAGCUGUGGGAAUGCAGAGGAAGAUGACUUCAAUGAGGAGGAGCGUUUAGACAACCUCAAUCGCUCCGGUCCUCCACCUUGUGAACCCCCUACCUCCUCCUGGAGCCACACCAAUCCCUUCUCUGAUCCUUGGGCUCAACCAGCAUCACUGCUCUGUGUUUCAUCCCCCAGCCCUGUUUCUGACCAUGGUCCAGCUGAAUCUGAAACACCCACCCUGUCUCCUGCUCAGGCACGUUUGGACAGCAGUGCCCCUUCCCUUGCCCCUCAGUCAGAGAAUGAGCCGAAACAGCACCAAUCAGCCUAUGAGGGGAUGAAGAGCUCAGCCCCUGAGGAGGCUCACAUCAUCCUUGCUGCCACAGCUGUAGGCAUGUCCCAGCCCAGCACUCUGAGUGGCACAGCUCUGGCCGCUCAUAGUAGUAGUGAGACAAGCACACCAGAGGAACUCCGUGACUAUGACAGCAGCUCUGGGGUGGAGUCCCAUUCUGACAAACAGCAGACCCCAGUCCCUGCAUCAGUCCAGCCUGACAUGGAGCAGGACCUGGGUAUUCACUUGGAGAAAGGCGAUGGAGAAGAGGAGGAGGCUGAGACACUCCCUGCCGAUGAGGUCCUAGGAACAGGACCCCCAACUGCUCCAGCAUCCGCCCCAUCUUCCCCUUCCACCUCCGGAGACGAGGCCAGUGACACAGAGGGUGAGAUGCAAAUAAAUGACCCAGAUGCACCAGUGAUGAUGGAUGAGAGUGCUGGAUUUGAAAGUCCUACUCCCACCUGCAGUCUGCCUGCUCUUGAGGAGGAUGAGGAGGCGGUGGACACAGCAGCUGGAGAGGGCGAAGAGGAUGGAGGUGGAACCACCCCUCAGUCUGCCAACUCUGUGGCCUCUUAUGGCUUCGACUGCACCACGUCCAACUCCAACGCCCACUCCAUGGCUGAGAGCUGCGGAAAGAGUCCAGGGAUCUUCUCCCUGGAGAAUGAAGAACAGCUGCCAGAGGAGGCCAAGGACCCCUCCCUCAUCAAGGAGUUGACCCUGCCCUCAGCUGCUGCUGCUGCCCAGGCAGAGGACCUGCUGGGCAGACACGUGGACCUGAUGCCUUUGGGCCAUCAGGGAGAGAAUCAGCCCAGUCUGGAUGAGCACCACUACAUGCUGGGGGGAAAGAUCGCAUCAGACCAUCUGGAGGAGGCUGAUCCACUGGAGCCCAGUCACCACCUUGGGGUCCAGGAGUCUGGAGACACCAGCGACGGCCAGACACCCUACUACUCUACCAUAUGUGAUAAGACUGAUAGUUUUCUGGCAGGUAAUGUAUAAGUCCCUCCCAUUACCCCUGGAAUGCACCUUUUCCCUGCAACCCUCCCCUCUACCUGUUGUUCGUUUUCUCUCCAGUUGGGUUAGAUGGCUUAGAAGAAAAAUGGAGAGCAAGAUUGUAGGAAAAGAUUUUAAAAAAUGAACAGAGGUGAUGGAAAAAAAUGACUGUAGCAAUUUUUAAAUGAAGCCUCCCUCUUUCAUACUGUUAUGGUCAUGGUUCCGAGUGUAUGGCUUAAACUCCUUUAUGAACAAUAGCUACUACCAUUUUCUAGUAGAAUGUUCUUUUUAAGUAACACUGCAUAUUCUGUAGCCCCUGAUGGGGUAUUGACUGAUUGGUCCAAUGUGACUGAACUUUUAAAACGAAAAAAAGGAGAAAAAAAAAAACACAACAGAUGAAAUGACAUGGACUCAUUGUGUAUUUAUCCUACUGUUUUUACCGAACAAAUGUCAAUGACUUUUUUUUUUUUGUUUUGUAUUUGCUCAUUUGUUGUUCUUUUUGUUUGUUCUUUCUGUUGAAACCUGGUCCUUCCUACCCUGUGUACACACGCUUCAUGUUCAACAGCACCAUAGCGAUAGUCAAACGCUCCUUUUAAAAGUUUGUGUUCUUGUUUCAAGACUUUUAGCUAUCGAAAUAAAGGCUAGAUACUGUUUUAACACGGCUGUUUUGCCCUUACAGAUUUGUUGAGGUAGGUGUGGGGAGUAUUAGGUUGCAGUUGGUGACGUUUUUAAUGUGUGCUUCAAGAGGUUCCACGCUCUUUGCAUAGGUUGUUAAGGUAUAUAACGUGCAGUCAAGUACAGUAUGUGUUGCAGGCAUUUGAUUUUAAGUGGCUAAGCUUCAAGCCUCAGUUAGCUGAUCAUUUGUGUUCCAGAAGAGACUAACAACUAGCCGAUUAUUUGUAAUGAGACACUGCAUUGUCCUACAUCUAUCACAGCUGAGCUUUAAACUCGCUGAAACAUUUUCAUAGUGGGCGUUUGGUUUACUAUUUCAACAGUAUAUUGCAUGUUUAACUAACAAAAAGACUGUGUACUACUUUGAAUUUGAAACAGUUCUACACUAGACAUGUUCAUAAAUGAAUGGUUCACACUAGGUUAUCUUUCAAAAUUCCAUUAAAACAUCAUUGCAAGGCA